GUCCACAACAACCUCCGAGCUCAGAUCGCCCUCGGCAAGUUCACCGCCAAGGGUGUCAAAAUGCCCGCCGCGGCUGAUAUGCUGAAAAUUAAAUGGAACACGACGCUAGAAUCCUCGGCCCAGGCCUACGCCAAUAAAUGCGUGUUUGAACAUUCAAAUACGACGGGAUUGGGCGAGAAUUUGUACAUGAGCUGGUCGUCGGCGGCGGAUACGAUAGAUGGGAAGGGCAACAAAUCCGCAACCGCCUGGGCCAACGAAUUCCAGGAGUUCGCUACUACUCCGACUACGCAACGCUCUGGAAAGACGGAUGCACGGAUGAGCGGCGGUGGCUGGCCGGGCGUGUUGUCGGCCUCGCGUUUUCUGCCUUUUGCUGGCAUUUUACUGCUCUGCAUCACGCUUCUACUUUGGCUACACGAGGUCCAGAAUGAUCGGAUUGUAUUCCUGCCGCAUGGCAUGCGCUUUGCCGACGACACCGACAAACGCAUCCUGGUCGCCUCGCUGACGGCUUGUGGGGUUUCCGGUGGCGGUGGAGUCGGAAAUGUCGUCUUCGAGCUCAUCUCCUUUCUCGGGAUCGCCAGGAAGCUGUACAGGACCCCAGCCAUCUACUCGGACAACGAUGUGUGCCUCAAAAAAUUGGUCGAAUUUUCCGAGUACAUGCCGAACUUGUUGGAGGGUUUUUUGGUGCUGAAGAAGCAGUUGAUCUGGCCAUACCCCUCGAAAUACCCAACCCACGAGUGCUUCGAAUACUUCGACCCGGUGGAGACGUUCAGCUCUGUGCAGCACCUACGUGUCGUCAAUACGCAAUUGAACUAUUUACAGAAUUUGCGCUUCUUCGAAGACAUGGUCGGAACCGAGGAGCUGAAGCGCCGCCUCGCCUUCUCCCCCCAACUCCUUGACGUCGCCCGCCUGGCCAUGUACACGAAGAAGCAGAGCGAAUACACGCAUAACAUCUGCAUCCACAUCCGCCGAGGCGACUUCCUGAAGGAGGAUUUCCACCUGGAGAGCGAAGCCGACUUCACCCUCGACGCGACAAAGUACAUCAUGAAGAAGAUGCGCAAGCGCGGCUACGAGCAGCUCCACAUCUACAUCCUCGGCCAGGACGGGGCUUGGACGAGGGAAUUGUUUGCUAAUGAGACCCUGCCACGUGAUGCUCGAAUUUCGGUGAUCCACUCUCCCUCCUAUCUGCCAUCUAUGGUAGAUUGGGGAUUCGCGCAUUUGUAUUGCGACACGACACUUCUUACAGCCUCAAUCUCAACCUAUGGCUACUGGCUGGCGAUGCUCUCCCGUGGCCAAGACGUCUUCUACCGGACCCGCUUCAGCAAAGGGUCAUCUUCGAGAAGUUCGAAGCUCGCGGGAAAUGUUAUCCUGCCGCACGGCAUGCGCUUUGCCGACGACACCGACAAGCGCAUCCUGGUCGCCUCGCUGAGGGCUUGCGGAUUUUCCGGCGGUGGUGGAGUCGGGAAUGUCGUCUUCGAGCUCAUCUCCUUCUUGCAGAUCGCCCGGAAACUCGAUAGAACGCCGGCCAUCUACCCAUCCAACAAGCACUGCAUGCGGAAGCUGCGCGAGAUUUCCAAGUACAUGCCGAACUUGUUGGAGGGGUUUUUGGUGCUGGAAGAGCAGAAAGCAAUGCCGUACCCGUCAAUAAACGCACGGCGCCGGUCGCGCGACUACUUCGACCCGCUCGAGCUGUUCGGCUCCGUUCAACAAACGCCCAUCGUCGCAACCGCUUUCCAGUAUCUUCAGAAUAUUCGCUUCUUCGAGGACCUGCUCGGGACUGCGGAAUUAGAGCGUCGCCUCGCGUUUUCCGCUGAACUCCUUGAAAUCGCUGGACGUCCUGGGAGACGUCCUGAGAGCAACAACACGCUCAACCUGUGCGUGCACAUCCGCCGCGGCGACUUCCUGGGUGCACCAUUCCCACUCGAGAGUCAAGCCAACUUCACCAUCACCGCCACCAAGCAGAUUCUGGAGAGACUACUUGACCGUGGUCAUCGGCAGCUGCACAUCUACGUCAUCGGCCGGGAUGGCCCUUGGCAAAAACAAUUGUUUGCAAACGAGUCCUUUCCUGAUGGUGUCGGCAUUUCUGUGCUCGACUCGCCCAAGUCGUUGCCGUCGAUGGUCGAUUGGGGUUUUUCGCAUAUGUAUUGCGACACGACACUUCUUACAGCCUCAAGCUCCACAUAUGGCUAUUGGCUCGCGAUGGUAUCCCGUGGCCAAGACGUCUUCUACCGUACCCGCUUCAGCAAGCGCGAGUCGAAGACGCCCGUCAACCUGUGGCCCGACAGCUGGACGGCCAUUGACUAU